AUGGGAGGCCCGAACCAGAAACCGAUCCUCAUCAUCGGCGCCGGUCUCAGCGGCCUUCUCCUGGCCCAGUACCUGCGCAAGACCGGCAGCAGCGUGCCCGUCCUCGUCUUCGAGCGGGAUGCCGACCUGACCACCCGCGGGCUCGGCUGGGGGCUGACCCUGCACUGGUCCCUCCCCGCGCUGCGGUCCCUGCUGCCAGACGAAUUGUUUAACCGGCUGCCGGAAGCCUACGUCGACCGGGCUGCCGUCGAGGAGGGCCGGCCGUCCACCUUUCCCUUCUUCGACAUCAGCACGGGCGAGCUCAAGGCCAAGACCCCCAACGCCGCCGUGUCGCAGCGCAUUAGAUGGGGUAAGGCAGUCAACAACGUCGAGACUGCUCAGGACGGUACUGUCACAGCCAGCUUCGACGAUGGCACGUCCUAUGAGGGCAGCCUCGUUGUGGCCUGCGAUGGUGGCAGCUCCCGCAUCCGCGCGCUGCUGUUUCCGGAACACCAAAAGUUCCAAAUCCCCGUGAGGUUGAUGGGCGUCAAGAUCAACUGCACUCCAGAGGAAAUUGAGCCGCUGCGACAACUAGACCCCUUCUUCCUCCAGGGAGCGGCAUCCGAGAACGACUCGUUUGUGUAUUUCAGUGUUCUCGAUGCUCCCAACAACACGCCGGAGGGGAAUGGUGGAAAAUACACCUGCCAGAUGGUCGUUUCAUGGCCGAUCCGGGAGGGCUUCUUCAACCAGGCGGCGCCGAUCGCUUUCCCGGAGACCAGCGAAGGCGGCAUUGCAUUGAUCAAAACGUUCGCCGAAACAUGGGCUGAGCCGUUCCGGUCUCUCGCCCUCAGCAUCCCGGUCGAUACCGAAGUGAAGUCGCUCGAGCUCUACGACUGGCCACCGCCCAAGGGGCUGCGCACCAAAGGCCAUGUGGCCCUGGCCGGGGAUGCGCUGCACCCGAUGGCGAUGUAUCGCGGCGAGGGCGCCAACCACGCCAUCGUCGACGUGCUCGACCUAGCCGAACUCGUCAUGCCGCAGUUCGCGGGCCCCCGAGACUCCUCCUCCUCCUCCUCCUCCUCCUCCUCCUCCGACUCGGCGGUGGUGGUGGACCUCCGGGCCGCGCUGGACCGUUACGAGGACAGGGCGGUGGGCCGAAGCCGCCCCGCGGUCUUGGCGUCGCGCCAGGCGUGCCUGGACGCGCACCGCUGGGCCCGCAUCACCGACUCGAGCCCGCUGCUGACCCGGCGCGCCAUGGACCUCGCGUUCGACGAGGCGGAUAUGGAUGUGCCGCCGGAUGCGGCUGCUGCUGGUGGAUGGUGAUGGCUGGUGAUGGCUGGUUGCUGGUAAUGGCUGGUUGCUGUGGAUGGGGAUCGGCCUGGGAUGGCCGGGAAGGAGUUUAGUCCCGGAGCGCUGGGACCGUUGCCUGCGUGCGUGGGAAGCGUGGGAGGGAGGGAAGAGCAAAGAGGGAGGGAUCGGCGGCGCCGCGACGGAGUGUCGGGACGCUGGGGAGCGGCGAUCGGGGGGUGGAGGGUCAUCCAGGACAGGGGUGUACUUUAACCAGGCCGCCUUACUCGAAGGGGACUGGGCAAAGAAGAAUUUAAGGCCGAUCGCUUCCGCACCUUCGUCCACUUGGUCAGAGCUUGUUUUCGCUUCAGGGUCCAAGCGGUUGAACGUCAGGCAAGCCAAGCGAUUAAUCUGGAUUUGUCUCGAUUGUUUUUG